AUGACAGCCAAUCAGUGCUCACAACGAAAAUCUUUAGACCGAAAGCCGAACUCAAAGCCGAACUCAAAGCCGAACUCAAAGCCGAACUCAAAGCCGAACUCAAAGCCGAACUCUUUGUCGAAAGCAAUGGAAACGAAGGGUUUGGUCGAUAUCUUCGACGAUUUGAUUGCAUCGGAAAACAGAGCCAAAGAGCAGAAGACUAUUAUAAACUCAUUGAAGACAGAGAUCCGGAAGAAUGAGCAGACAUUGCGUGCAAUGAAGACUUCGUUGAAACAGAUUGAGAGCCAAAUGUGCGAUCAAAUGGCGACAAGUGUUGAGACGACCACUGAAUUGGGUUUCAUUGACAACGAAAACACAAUUCUUUGGCAACAAAUCCAAUGCUUUGAAACCAAAUUAAGACAAUUGACACAAACGAUGGUUCAAAUGAAAGCCAAUCGAAAGCAAGAAAUCGACGAAUUCGUGGAGAAGUGCUUCCAAUUCAGCCGAGAGUACGGAACUAAUGGCUGUCUUCGGAGGCAAACGAUUGAAUGCGAAGAACGAGUCAAACAAUUGAUUGUAUUGAGAGAUGAGUUGCAAACAAAGGUUAAUGACAUCCAAACCAAAGCUACAGAAUUGAAGUCUAUUAUGGAUUUGAAGCAAACAUUAAACGAAGAGAUGAGUCGAUUGAAUGGGAAGAUCAAUGUGUACUCAAAAGAGAACUUAGAUUUGAAACUAUUUGGCAAUCAAUUGAGUAAUCGAUUGAAAGAAUUGACGCAAAAUGAGUGCAUCGACGAAGAGUUUGUUUCGUUGACCAAAGAAUUGCAAUCCAUUGAAGUUAAGCCUAAAUCACCCGAAAUGGACACUCGUUUCACAAAAGCAAAACAACUCGUGUCUCAAGUGAAACAAGAGAAGUGUUUGCAAUCUUUUGCUCACAAAUCCGAGCCUAAGAUUAAAAGCGAAGAAUUUAUUACAAGUGAUUGCGAGACAACACAAGAGUUGCAUAAAAGCGAAAAGAGAGUCAAAACUUUAUGGGAAUUAAAGAGACAUUUGCGCAAAACUGAGUUCAAAACUGAAUAA